AUGUGCCAGGGAUUACCGGUGCCCUGCAUUCUUCAAAAUAGCAUCCUCUUUGCCUGCCAGUCGUUCUCAGGAGCAGCGGAUUACCCUGUGCCUGGCAAAACGGAGCUUGAGGCCAUAAGAAGAUACACCAGCCCAGUGAACCCGGCUGUCUUUCCACGUCUGACCGUGGGGCUGUUGGCCACUGGCAUGUUCUUCACUGCCUGGUUCUUCGUUUAUGAGGUCACCUCCACCAAACACACUCGGGAUAUCUACAAGGAGCUCCUCAUCUCUGUGGUGGCCUCACUCUUCAUGGGCUUUGGAGUCCUCUUCCUGCUGCUCUGGGUCGGCAUCUACAAUAUGAACUCCCAAGGGUUCCAACCAGGCGGCUUAACUGAAUCCCUGCUUUUGUAA